AUGAAUCGUACAAGAUUUUUAACUACAUAUGAUGAAUCACAGAAUAAUUUAGAAAAUUAUUUGACUGAUAAUAGUAAUAAUAAUAAUAAUAAUAAUCACAAUACAUAUAUUCCACCAUUUGAUCUAUGCUCUCGUCCAGUCCCAAUAAAUUUUCAUACUUUCAAUAAUUACCAAUCCACUGAGCAGAUGGGUUUUGAAACAAAUCCACUGAAUGCAAAGCCUAUCAACAAUCAAUUUCCAGACUAUUCUCAUACAUUAUUCAAUAAACAUGUUCAUAGUCAUGCGAUGAAUACUAGUGGUAACAAUGACUGUGUUUACAAUGAAUUACACAAUUCACAAAUAAAAUCUAAUUUAUUCGAUGCAGGAUUAAAUUUAACUACAUAUUUAACUUCGAAUGGUUAUCAACAACAAGGAUUAGCUAAAUCUACAAUUGGAAUUCAUUCUUAUUUACAAGCCAAUAACAAUAAUGAUAUGCUUAAUGCUGAUGUGAAAUGUGAUUUAGAAAUAUCGAAUUCUCAUUUGAAAUAUCAUCCCCUUUGUGUUCCACAUCCUUCGGAACAUUUUAAUGCUUUGAAGAAAUUUAACGAGACUGCAAUCAAUUCAGCUGAAAACAAUCAAUCGUUGACAACACAUUUGCCGACAAACUAUCGAUUCCCGGUAUAUCCAAUUAAUCAUCCAGUAAGAAAUAAUUUCACCCUAUCGAAUUCAACAUCAAAUCAUACAUUAUUCAAUGAUAUCUCCUCUUUUAUUUAUGACAAUCAAUUAUCCUCCAUUAAUCAGACACUUUGUUAUCAACGCAAUUUACACUUGAAACAACAACAGUCACAAUCACAAUCACAACAAGAGAAUACCAUAAAAGAAUCACAAACUCAACAAAAACCAACGAAACGAAGUGAUUCAAAUAAGCUUUCAUCAACUACAAAUCAAUCAGAGGUGAAUAAUGCACAAGAUAGUUCAGUAAAACCACCAUAUUCUUAUAUUGCGUUGAUAGCAAUGGCUAUUUCAUCUCAGUAUGAUGGGAAAGCAACAUUGAAUGGAAUUUAUCGUUAUAUUAUGGAUAAUUAUCCUUAUUAUCGUGAGAAUAAACAAGGUUGGCAAAAUUCCAUUCGACACAAUUUAAGUUUAAAUGAUUGUUUCAUUAAAGUGCCAAGAGAUGAUACAAAACCAGGCAAAGGUUCCUAUUGGGCUUUACAUCCAGAAGCACAUGGUAUGUUUGAUAAUGGUUCGUAUUUAAGGCGGAAACGUCGAUUUAAAACUGAUUUCACAUCAACAGAACGUUAUUGUAGCAUGAAAAAGCGGAGUUUCAUUGAAGAGAAUUUGAUGAAUUCAAUUAAAAAAAAGAAUUUAGCAAAAACUAAUUGUAGUGAUCCUAUUGAUGAUUCAAGAAACACUCUGGCACUGACUCAUGAAACAGACGCAAUCAAUGACGUCAGCAAUUAUGAUGAUGAUGAUGAUGAUGACAAUGACUAUGACAAUGAAAGAAUCGAUUAUUCUAAUAACAAUAGUGACAAUGACCUUGCAGAUAAGAACAAGAAUAUUACAAAAUUAACAGAUUGUCAAAUCGCAUCGAAAUCAAAUUAUCCACCGAAUUCAGCUACAUUUCAAACAAACAAUGAUUUUAUGGAAGUGAAUAUGACUGCGAACACUGUUAGUACAGUUAGUAGUGACACAAGCACUCAACCAAUGAUCACAUCGAAUACUGCAUAUCAUCCUUUGUUGAGUUUACAGCGUCAAGUAGUAGUGACACAACCCAAUGUGAACAAUUAUUCUUUCAUUAGAAUGAACAAUUCGGAGGAGGAUCAUCAAUCUUGUCUGAAUUUGAACACACCGACAAAAUAUAAGGAUGAAUUUCCUCAAGGUCACUGGUAUAAUUAUUAUUCCACAGAUGUUAUAUCAAAGCAUUCUGAUAUGAUUAAAAGUUUCAAUGAAUCUUUUCAAAAUAAUGAGCUUGAAAGUUAUGCUAGAAAUAGUCAUCUACAGGAAACGAUUAAUUCAAUUUAUACGAACCAGUGUCAAUAUUAUAUGUCUACAAAUUUACAACAAAAUAAAAUUAAUGAUUUAUCAUCAUCAUCUAUGAAUAAUCAAUUGGACAAUGAACAAUAUAAAUCAUUUCAAACGUUUAGUACGGCGGGAUUGAAUACAGAGACAUCUUGCAAUAUAAGUAAUAACACUUCCACUAAUAAUAAUAAUAAUAUCAAUAACACUAAUGAUACAAAUGAAAUUAAGUUGCAUGAAAAAUUAUCACAAUGUCCAAAAUCCAAUCUAGUAUCGUUUUGUUCUAAAAGAAAUGACUACUUCAAUCAACCAUCUUGGUUGAAAAGUGAAAAUUCGACAACAACGUUGUGGAAUAAAAUAUCAGACGUAUGUGUUUCCGAAUCAAAUACCUCAUUUGUAAACAAUCAAUUAUUAUCUUGGUCAAAAUCACCAGUUAACGAAAUUACAGGUCAAAGUACAAAUGAACUAAGUCAUCAUAGUCAACCAGAUUAUCAUCAGGAUCUCUUCAAUGUCCAAGGUGAUCAAGUGUCAAGUAAACACAUAUUAACUCCAUUAGAAUCAAUGAAAACUACAGCAGUUGCAAUUGCCCAACAAGCAAAUAUAGCAAAAUAUCAACAGAAUACUAAUUCUGACAGUAAUGAAAGUGAUAUCGACUGUGAAACAUCAUGGAAUCAUUGUAAUUCAACAAGUAUUAAAUGUUCAACAGAAGAAAUGACUGCUGUUAAAAAAGUGGAAAUCUUGGAGAAUCCACUUCCUGAUUGGUAUUCAACGUGUAAUAUCACUCAAGAAAAGAAUAAUCAUAAACCUAUUCUAGAGAGUAUAAAUUUACCUAAUCCAUACACAUCAUGUAUAUCUACAGUUGAAAAUUCGUCAACAAGUUCAAAUGAAUCACAUUUAAUUUAA